AUGUCAUCGCAAAAAUCUGCUGCUAAAGCCAUUCCAGAUAACCACUUGGAGGUUUUUGACCCGAACUUCAAGAACAUGUACCUGGUGCCUUCCCAUUUGGUCGUUCACACACCACCAGGACGAACCAACCUCACUCGAUUGGUACACUGUCGAAACUACAAGGCUCAUUACAGUGCCUCAUGUAGUAUGGGAGACAGCUGCAAGUUUGUUCAUGCUGAUGUGGACUAUGACACACUGCAAGCUCAACCGAUUCACGUAAACUAUAUUUGGCGUGAUGAGAGUUUGUGCACAUACAGACACCUGCCAUCUGGUGGGUAUCUGGAUGUUCUUUUGCCGAACAACAAGCAGCCUAUGGAGCGGAUUCCCAGUGAGCGUAUUCUCAUGACACAGGGAGCCCUUCCCUUCUUCAAGGGGAAAAACCGGCCUGUUUCACACUGCGCGCACUAUUACUUCAACCAACUGUGCUACCGCGGUGAGCGCUGUAACUUCAUCCACGCACUCUACGUGGACCCCACCAUUUCCACCGACUUCAAGCGGGUCUCGCGGCACCACCACCGCCAGCGGGGGGCAGACCAGGCGAAGGCCCCGCCGGCAGCGAAGGGGGCCGGUGAGACGGCCGGGCAGAACCCCCGCCAGGGGAGUGAGGCCGGCGCGGUGGAAAGCCCCCACCCCGUUGUGCGCGAGAUUGUGCUGCCGUCCGACCCGCCGCUCGUGUCGCUCGUGCACGGGGCCGCUCAGUCCGCGGCAAGCAGCGAUGAUGCGUACAGAAGUGUCUCAGGAGGGGACGACGUGGUGACACCCGAAACAAGCGUGAGAUGUCGUGGAACAACUGAGACGCAGAAGAAUGUCGGCGCCUUCCACGGUGCAGGACGGUCGAUCACGCGUGUGUAUCGGCAUGACCCAUACCAAUUGCUUAAAUAG